AAGAAGUCACAUAUCGUGUACUGCUUCAUUAGGAUCAUGGCAAGAGGUUUCUUCUUUCUGGUUCUCGUUUCUGCGUUUGUCUUGUUUGGAGACGCAAACAGUUCCAACAACUUGUCUCCGUCGGUUUGCCACUGCCGUCCAGUAGUAAACGUGGCUGUGGAUGGCAGCCAGUGCGAUUUGUGCUCAGAAAACAAAAAACUGCAACAAGAAAUAAUCAGCUUGAAGGAAGAACUAGAAACAGUAAAGAAUCGCAUCAGUCAGAUUCAGCCGGGAUUGAGUACCAGUUCAUAUGACCUUUACUUCACAAAACGUGUAACAACUGACUACGUCAUCCACCACGGCCUACAGAUAGAAAACGUUUUCACGAUCUGCUUCCGAGUACGUACGACCGAUAAGACUGGAAACGAUCGAACGGUCGUGAGUUACAGUUUAUCCGGGAACCACAAUGAACUUCUUAUCAACAAGAUGCAGGAAAUUCAACUAUUCAUCAACGAGCAAGUGACGCGCACUGGUGUUGCUGUAAAUGAUGGCAACUGGCAUCACGUAUGCACGACAUGGGAGAACAAAGCUGGUUCAUGGAAAGUCUACAAAGAUGGCGCCGUGCAAGCCAGUGGAUCUGGAUUUAAGACUGGUUACAACAUUAAGACUAACGGAAUCCUUAUCAUUGGACAAGAGCAAGAUGCAUUCGGCAGUGGCUUUAGCGCCAAUCAAAACUACAUUGGGGAACUAACAGAGCUCAACAUAUGGAACAGGGUCGUCUCGUCAAGUGAGAUUAACAAACUGUCCAAAUCAUGCCACGGUGGGAAAGGCAACGUGAAAGAAUGGUCGGACUUCAAAGUAGGAAUAAGAGGCGAUGUAACAGUUAUCUCCCCAUCGGCGUGUGAGGUGUAGAACUCAUUUUACCUUUCAGGCACCAUUGGCAAAAAAAAAAAAAAAGUUGGUAAUGUUGUCGGAAAUAAGUUCAAAAGGCAAGUCAGUAAAAAUAUUUCAAAGAA